UGUGGUAUUUUUCAAACAUAAUGAUAUUUCCCAUUAACAGUCCUAGGUGAAAUUUCAGUCUUAAAAAAAUCAAUUAAUUUACUCCCCCUCCCCUCAUUCUUGUAAAUACUUCCACAUAAAUGCAACGGAAGCAUAUCUUUGAGAAUUUGAAGAACUAAAUGGAAGGGUAGAAAAUUUUGCUUUUAGUUAGAAUUUAUUCAUGCCAAUCUGUGAUCUAUUGAUUGAUGUAUUAUUAUAAUAAUCUUUUUGAUGAUCUUCAAGCCUCAAUUAGUGCAUAUUCAAAAAUGAUUUUAAUAAUAAUACCAACUAAAGUAUACCAAGGGAGAAGAAUAUUUUCUGCCUGUUUUAUAUAACUAUGAUUCUCCAAUGUUAUCUACAUUGUUCAGUUGAUACAGUUUAGCUUUAGAUGUCGGCUUGUGUUAAUGUUUGUUUUGUAAUGGACUUUAACACUGCUACAAUUUCAAAAAGAACAACCCGUAUUAAUUUUACCAGAUUGAGGAGGAGCUGUUCUGUAGAAAUAUUGCAAUAGUUAAUGAUGGAUUUGAAGAAAAUGUCAAACUGACAUUAAUUUGAAAAGCAGAAAAUUCUGGAUUCUGGAAAAUGCUGUGGAUCAGUUUGAAUGGGACAGCUAAGCAUGAAGUCAAAGUGUGUCAAAGUGUGUGACCUCCUGGGCCUCGCAUUGUAGCCUGCCUUACCAACAGUAAAUCCAAAGCCAAGUUUUAAAAUACCUUGAAUCCUUUGCAGAACAACACAAUGUCGAUUGACUGAUGAGUAAAUACACUUUGAUGAUAAAGAAUUCCAUCCAAAUUACUGUACAAUUUUAUCCAAAAGAGGUCACGGUAGGGGAAGCUAAUUUGAUUCCUGGAGGGCUUUGCGUGUUUGUAAGUGAAUUCAAGUUAAUUCACUUAAACUGGCGUACAAAGUUGCUAGAGGUAGUGUGUGAUAAUGAUGCGGGCACAUAUUAUCACGAGCGCGCCUUUAUGUGCUGAAGCGCAUAUUAUCAUGAGCGGGCCUUCAAGCAUUGAAGCGCUCAAACCCGCCACUUCCGCAUUUUUCACUCCCGGACCAUUUCACACUUUAAAAAUAAACUUUCAAGGACGCUAAUAAUUCACUGUACAUAAUUUCUCUUAUGACUGUUGCAUGGAUAUGUGAAUUAAUAAGUACACAAUUAAUUAAAGUGGCACGGAUCAGCUGAGAGUAUUGUAUAAACGCUGUUUAAAUUUGAACUGCUUUUCAUUAAUUACUUACGCUCAACUCUUUGUCGAUCUACGCAUCUGGUUUCCAACUGGCAAACGGUGCGCUAUGGCACGCGCAUUGUUAAAGGAAUAAGCGCGCCUACUGUGUUUUGCAAGGGGGGAGCGUGUGAACUUCGCUUGUUUAACUGAUUGCCCUGUGGGAAUUUGAAUGUGGUUUGUCCCUCCAUUUUAGCGGGAGGCUGAAGAGUAUAAAAGCUAGUCUGUGCUGGACAGUGAGGGUAAGUGGUCUGUAUAAAUGUUAUUGCUGACAGGGAGCUACAUGUUUUGCAUUUCCAUGGUUAGAGACAUAAAUGGGCCCAGCAAUCAAAUUUACAGGCUGAGUGCAAUGAUCCUUGGGAUACUGUGUGCUGUGUUGAUGGCUGUCAUCAUAGGUCUGUGCAUCAGCUAUAAAGGGCUCAGUGAAAAGCACAUUUUUCUGUCACAGAAUUCAUCAGUGGCAAACAGCAACCUGAAGCAACUGUUAGGCAACUAUGACCUGCUGACUACAGUUCUGAUGAAGGUGCAGACAAGCUAUCAGGAAACUGUCAAUGCCAGAGACAGCAUGCAGAGAGAAAGAGACAGGGACAGGCAGGAGAAGGAACUUCUGCAAGAACACAAGAAGGACCUGAUGAACGAGCAAACUAAACUUCAGACACGUGUCACUGCACUAGAAAAGAACUGUGAACGUUGUCCAGCAGGAUGGGAGCUGCUGCACUCCUCCUGUUAUUUCUUCCCUCCAACUGAUGCUGGUCAAAAGCUAACAUGGCAACAGAGUCGUGAGGAGUGCAAGAAAUCUGGAGCUGACCUGGCAGAGAUAGACAGCCAAGAAAAGCAGGAGUUUAUCAGCGGAAUCUUAAUCGGAAAGAGGAGACGCCCUGGACACACAUACACAUCAGGAUACUGGAUAGGACUGAGAGAUGUUGAAACGGAAGGAGUGUGGAAGUGGUUGAAUGGAACAGCGCUGACCCAAGGGUACUGGUUUGAUGGAGAGCCUAACGAUUCGGGUUCCGAAGACUGCGCUGCUACCUACCCUUAUGACAUCUCCUUAAAGACAUGGAAUGACGCCCCAUGCGACUUCGUAUUGAAAUGGAUAUGCGAGAUAAAGUUACAGGAGCCCUAGAUAUCAUCACACAGUGUGUACACAAAAGUAUAUUGGCCAUAGCUCUAUAUCUGAAGCAUUAAGAUAUUACAGCGUAGUCCCAAAAACCCAGGAUUUCAGACAGAAACUCCUUUACACAAUACACACAUCACACUGCUUUUAUGAUGAGUAAAAUAUGAAUGCUAUCAUGUAUUGAGAUAAUGAAUUCACUCACAAAAAAAAUAAAAAUUAAUCAAACAUCUGGCGCUCCAUGUAUUGAUCAGACAACUGAUAUGUUUAUUGUUGUGCACUGUCACUUUUAAAUAAAUAAAUCUGCAACAGAAAUCACCAAG